AUGCAGUAUCAGCAGGACGAAAAGGUGCUAUGUUUUCAUGGCCCCUUAAUUUACCAGGCCAAGAUCCUCAUGGCCGAGGAAUGGAAAGGCGAUGAAAACCAGAAUGGCGCGACAGGCCCGCAUUAUUUCGUCCAUUACCAAGGCUGGAAAAAGACCUGGGACGAAUGGGUCCCGCAGACGCGUCUCUUGAAAUACAAUGAAGAAAAUCUCGCACGGCAAAAAGCCCUAGUUGACGCCCAAAAGGCUGAGGCGGCUGCAGCAGCUGCUGUGGCCGCCGCGCAGGCCGCCGAGAAGGAACAGGCAUCGCGUGCCAAGGCGGACAUCCGCAAAGCCGGCACACCGACAAAUGGCUCCCCUGCGACAUCAACGAGCCGUGGGUCCAAGCGCAGCCGUGAGUCCGCCGAUGCCGACGAGCAAGACAAGCGUCCUGAUCUGCGUCUGACCAUACCAGAACCUCUCAAGGCGCAGCUGGUCGAUGAUUGGGAAAAUGUCACACGCAAAGAGCAAUUGGUCCCUCUCCCACGCCAGCCCAACGUAAAACAGAUUUUGGACGACUAUGCAGCGUACUACCAAUCGAAGGCCAAGGCGACCACGCGGGCGCGGUCGCCCGCGGUGCUCACGGAAGUGUUGGCUGGUUUGAAGCUGUACUUUGAUAAGAGCCUGGCGCAAAACCUUCUGUACCGCUUUGAACGGCCGCAAUAUGUCGAAAUGCGCAAACGGCAUGGGCCCAAGAUGGGCGACGGUGACGUCCAGACGGAAAUUGCGGCGGCCAAGCCGGGUGGUGGCCGACGUGGACGUACCAAGGCCUCUGCCGCGAAGGACGAGGGCACACCUUCCCCCGCCCCUGCCCCCCCCUCCACGCUGACCGAGCUGGAGGCCAGUGCCUUGUACGGUGCCGAGCAUCUAUUGCGUCUUUUUGUCAACCUGCCCAGCAUUGUCUCUCAUACCACGAUGGAUGCAGACUCUAUUGCGAUUCUUCGUGAGCACGUCAACGAGUUCCUUGCCUUCCUAGCGAAAGAAAAGGACCGCUUGUUUGUGCCAGAGUACGAAGACCCAAGCCCUGCGUACCACCGCCUUAGUGCUAUAUAG